AUGUGGCGACAUGUAUCUCUUCACGUCGCCGACACAAUUGGUCGCGAUUGUCUGAAGAAGUUUUGUAAAGGCGUGAUUCAGACUUUCGGCCCCACCUAUCUACAGAAGCCGACCGCACAAGAUUGCAAGUUCCUGCUUGAUUUGCACUGGAGGGUGCAUGGCUUCCCGGGUAUGCUGGGAAGUAUAGAUUGCAUGCAUUGGCAGUGGAAGAACUGUACGACCGCUUGGAGAGGCCAAUUUAUGAGCGGGUUCAAGGGCACAUACCCAACCAUCAUUCUGGAAGCCGUUGCCGACCAACGCCUAUGGAUUUGGCAUGCCUACUUCGGUGUGGCCGGGUCGAACAAUGACCUAAAUGUCAUGCAGUCCUCGCCUCUGUUCAACGACCAGUGCCAGGGAAUAGACCCCUUGGUUGACUUCACCGCCAACGGAAACCAGCAUCAGAUGGGGUAUUAA